AUGGCAGACGCGCACAUAUCCCAACCAGAAAUUGCACCUUUGGUAGAGGACGUUGAAAAAGCAGGGGCCGAUUUCCAUGCUGCCAAGGACGGCGAUAUUCAUACUGCUCGACGGAAUCUUCAGCAUGCGACUCGGAAACUUCUUCAGUCCUUAGAAGAGCCAAAUGGAGAGGUUUGGCCACGAUCUUUUCAAGUAGGGUUACCCUGUUGAAAACAAGAGAUAAUUCCAUGUAUAUUUUCUGUACUAAUUCACUGUGGCAGGUCAAUGUAAGCGCUGCCGUGGAGGUCAUAUCACAGCUUGAAUUAUGGGAAAAGUUCGAGGGAGGAAAAGCUGUCGCUCUGGACGGAAUGGUAGAAUCCACCAAGGCAGACAAGAUUGUCCUCAGUGAGUACAUCCAAACGUCUUACAGAAUUCCUGGUACUUACUCUCUUCUCGUUCGUGUAUUUCGCCAGCUUACAGCCGCCAAUAUCUUUACUGAAUCUGCGGGGCCAAACUUUACUAUCACACCUCUCGGAAAACCAUAUCUCCAUCCAGACCAUCGAGCAUUCAGCAAUUUCAUGUUCUAUGAUUUGAUCCCGGCGAUCAUGGCAAUGCCUCGAACUCUCGAAGAGCACCAGUAUAAAGCACCUAGCAAGGAGACAGGGACGCCUUUUAAAUGGGCUCACGGCGAAGAACUUUGGACUUGGCUAGGAUCCCAUCCCGAUCGAGCAGCGAAUAUGGUUGCCGGCAUGCGUUCGCACGCUCCUUUGAAUGCCUAUCCUUGGGCUAUCGAGCUUGAGAAGAUGGGUUCCAAAGCUGAAGAUAUUGCGGUCGUGGAUGUUGCAGGAGGAAAAGGUCAUACAAUGGAAGAAGUCCGAGAAAGGAACCCAAAUAUCAAAGGAAGGUUCAUUGUACAGGACUUGUCCUCCACCUUCAAAGCUAUGUCUGCUCCACCUGUCGGAAUCGAGCUCAUGACAUACGACAUCUUCACUCCUCAACCCGUCAAAAACGCCCUCAUUUAUCACUAUCGUCAUAUCAUUCACAAUUGGAGUGACGGUGAUUGUAUCACAUUUCUGGGACAGAUUGUGCCGCUCCUGCGGGAACAGUUGAGAAGCAAAUUGCUUCUGGUUGAUGUGGUAUUACCUGACAUGAAUAGUACAAUGCAACAGGCUAUUAUGGACGUUUCUAUGUUUCCGAUGGGAGGAAUGGAGAGGACGGAGAGUCAAUGGAAGGAGCUUUUGGCAAAAGUUGGUUUGAGCAUCGAAAAGAUUUGGAGAGGAAGCGAACCAGAAGCAUGUGUCGAGUGUCGUUUACUGUGA